ACUUUUAUUUUAAGAUGCAUACUUCUAGUGUGUUUAUUUCGUGACGUAACCGGGAAAGUUUAAGAUUUCUACUGUGAGAAAAAUAUAUUUUCUUUACGACUCAGUUUAAUUCCGGACAUGGACGAAAAAUUGCCAAAAAGACGAUGGAAAGAAAAAAGAAACACGUUUUAUGUUGUUAUGAUAGUUACUUUAGUAAUAGUGUUAUCAGGGGUGAUUGUGGUGUUGAAGUUAAGAAAAAUAUACAGGGACAACAUAUGUCUCAGUGCGGACUGUGUCAAUUCUUCAGAAUACUUCUUGGAUAUAAUAAACAAUUCCAUCAAUCCCUGUGAUAAUUUCUAUGAAUUUGCUUGUGGUGGAUAUCAAGAAACGACGUCGACUCUGGCCGAAUCGCAAAAGAGAGUACUGCAUGAAUUAGAAUUAUUUACUCUCGGAGCUAUCAAGGCAGACGAUGCUAAGUCGAUUAAAAUACAAAAAAAAUAUUACAAAACUUGUAUGAAUACUCUAGCAAUAGAGGAAGAUGAUAAUCAGAGUAUCAAGAAAAUAUAUGAACAGCUUGGAGGGUGGCCCAUACUAUCCUUGGAAUGGAUUAACUCUUAUAACUUGGAAAAAAUUACCAAGCAAUGUGCGGAGAUGGGAUUGUUCUACAAUUGGUUUUUCGAGAUUGAUACUUAUCAGCGUUCGUUAACAGACACCGAGCAUCUGCUUAGAAUUUUGCCUCCAACUAACACGAAUUUUAUCAAGCAUAUUCACAAAACCAACUAUCAAGUCCUUAUACAGAAUGUUGUGAAAAGGCUGGGAUCUAAUAGGGCCUUAGAUGAAAUUGCUGAUGCAUCCAGAAAAAUCGUUGAAUUUGAGAAUUCUUUAGCUCAGAUUAUUUCAGAAUCUACAGCCCACAUUACAAACAAGACGGUCAGUGACUUAAAAAGAGAAUUUCCUAAUAUUCCUUGGGCUUCUUUAUUCACGAAUGUUGUCAUUGAAACCAAUGCUUCAAUAGAAGUAUCUUCUUUGUAUUUUUCAAAACUUAUACGACUACUGGAACAAACUAGUAUCAGCACCAAAGCAAAUUAUAUAUUUUGGAAAAUCACCCAGUUUUUGUAUCCAUUCCUGUCGAGAGAUAUUAGAAGAGAAUUCGAAGCAUACGAAAAUGUGAUUAACAACAGCCAACCCAGUCGCAGAUCAGAUUUCUGUUCGGAUAUGAUACAAACAGUAUUCGCUUACGUUUCUGAAGCAGCUUAUGCCAGAAAAUAUUCAGCGGAAAGAGAAUCUAUUAAUGAAAUUGUGAACAACAUUAAACAUAUAUUGCAAGAUCACAUCAAUGAGUCUAAAUGGAUGAAUCAGAAUCACAAGACCUAUGCCCUAGAUAAAUUGCGUAAUAUUAAAGUGUUCAUUGGUGCACCAGAUGAGGUUUUCGAUGAAAAAAAAUUUGAUAACCUUUUAGGUGUUGAUGAGAUCAAUAUUCUUGAUUUUAAUAAUACAUUGGAUAUAGUAAGAACAGUGGACAAAAGUCGUGACAAAUAUAAUCUCAAUUUGACGAGGCAGAAAAUCAGUUAUCAACAAGGCGAAUUAUAUCGCGACAUUGUAACUAUCGAAGCUAAGUAUCUACCGAAAGAAAAUCUUAUAUAUAUCCCAGCUGCAAUAAUUGGGGGAGUAUUUGAUUCCCAUAAAGGGUUGAAUUUCCGCAAUUACAGCGUUCUGGGAACCAUAAUAGCACACGAGUUUACUCAUGCUUUUGGAAUAGUGGAUACUUUUAUGCAUACGACUGAAAAAGAAAUACGGAAAUGGUCCAACGAAACCUAUCAGUCAUUUUCGAAAAAUACAGAGUGUCUUUUGGAAGAAUGUUUACAAUUUGAUCUAAAGGGUUCGAUAAAUGAAACUUGCAACAAACUGUUUGACGAAAAUUUUGCUGAUUACGCUUCUGUCGAUAUAUCCUAUGAAGCAUUCAGAAAACAGAAAGCCGAAAGUAUCAAUCAACUACCUGGGCUUAAAUAUAAUUCAAACCAGCUAUUUUGGUUAAGUUACGCAGGCACCAUGUGUAAUGGCAAUACAAAUGCUACUACAUUAAUUCGGAGGCAUUUAAAUCCAGCAUUUCGAAUUUUAGGCUCUUUCAGGAAUUCUAGACACUUUGCUAAAGAUUUUAAUUGCAAAUCCGGAACCUAUAUGAAUCCUGUUGAUAAGUGUAUAGUGUUAUGAAAAAUGUUAUUCAUCUAAUGUUUUAUUGUUAUACUGAAGACUUUAGAAACAAUGGAAAUAUAAAACAUUGAAUUUUUUCAUAUGGAGUUAAUAAUGUAUUAUGUUUUAAAUACAAUUUAUCUGAAACUA